AUGCCUGUUGUGUGGGACGACAAGGCGGACGCUUUGCUCCUCGCCUCGAUUCUGGCUACUGCCAGCACUAAGGUCGACAAUGCUGCCGUCGCUAAGAUGAUGGGUGGUGAAUACAAUGCGCUGGCGAUCAGGAACCGCAUCGCCCGUAUCAAACUGAAGGCAAAGGCACCAGCCACCAGCGACACCGAGACGCCUGCAAACACUCCGCAGAAACCCAAGGCAGCCAAACCAGCUGCCGAGAAGAAACGUAAAAUCAAGGACGAAGCUGAGCCUGAGAAGAGCGAGCUGGUCGAGAAGCAGGCUCCGAAGAAGACCAAGAAGGCCGUCAAGGCUGAGGCCAAGGAGGAAAUCAAGGGUGAAGAUGAUUGA